UUUCUUCGAUUUUUGGUGUUUAUUUGAAUAUUACUCUGGUAUUUGAUAUUUAGGGUUAAUUUCUGUUGAUAUUAUUUGAUAUUACUCUGCUUUACUUCGAUUUUCAUCUUGUUCUGCGACUUUUCAUUUUCAUUCGAUUUUUAGGGUUAAUUUCUUCAUCUUGUUCUGCGACUUUACUUCGAUGUUUUGAUUUUUUUAGUCUCGACAUUUUGAUAUUAUUUUUGGUUUAAUUCUGGUAUUUUAAAUCUUCGAUUAUCACUUUUUUUUUUAGUUGUCAUGGCAAAAACAAGAGGUUCGUCAACUUCGAAGUCAGGUCAUCAACGAGGUCGCAGUAUUCCAGUUGAUAUUCCCUCCACUUCUAAUUUACAUUUGAAUUCCAACACAAGAAAGAGAAGAGCUGAGGAAACUGACAAUGUACAACAAAGGUCUGUAAGGUUGAGAUCUACAUUCCAGACAAAAAGUAGACCUUCUCAAUUGAUCAAAUUGAUGAAGGGAUUCACUGAGAAACAAAAAAUCUCAGUGAGAGAGAUUGGUUUUGGUGGCCUUCUUGAUUUAAUGUUAUGUAGAAAUCCAUCUGCAAUGCUUGGUUGGCUUGUAGAUUGUUUUGAUCCCGGUAGUUGUAUGUUUUCGAUAGACUCUUUCAAGUGCUUUCCCAUUUCUGAAUAUGAUGUAUAUGAUGUUUUUUGUCUACCUCUGAACCCAAACAAUGAUGUAGAUAUAGUUUCAAGGUGUGCGAACAAGUAUAAUCCUGAUUUUCCCUUGAAAUAA